AUGGUGUUACUGUCGGGGGUUCUACAGAUCCAAUUUUUUCGGCUAUUACUCGGCAGAUCUCUCCGAGAGUCCCGCGGCCAUCUCGCCGGAGUUUGGCAGAUCAGAAACCGAAUACACGGCCCGAAGCGGCGUUCUGUCGAGUUGCAGGGCGACGGGACUGUGGUGGCCGUGGCGAUUCUGUUGGUGGCGCUGGUUGCAAGGUGGAGACGACGUGCUCGAGUGGCUGGUUGCAGGGACUGGCUAUGCCGGCGGCGACGUCCUCGUCGACUGGCUGUGCCGGCGGUGGUGCAGCUGUGGAUGGAUCGUGGUCGUGUGUGUGUGUGUUUUUUCCCGACUGUGUGA